AUGUCGGCUCCUCGUGACGCUUACAGCGUGGCGUCUUCUCAGGCGUCCACCAUCACCCCAUUCAGCACCGACGUCGCCUCUUCCGUCGCCUCGCUCGACUCUUCCAUCCCUACCUCCCCCGAGCCUUCCGACCUCGGCGAUGAUACUGACAUCAAAAGCGCCUUCAUCUCGCACAAGGACCGUCGCGGCCCCAAUGGCUACCGCUUCGCUACUCAGUGCGCUACUGUAGACGACCCCAACCACAAGGAUCAGUACGGUUCCUCGUCGGCUCCCAUCUACAUGUCGGCCACCUUCAAAGGUCUUCCCGGCGGCGAAUUCGACUACUCCCGCUCGGGAAACCCUACUCGCUCCAUGCUCCAGCACCAUCUCUGCCAGCUGCAGAACUGCAAGUAUAGCUAUGCCGUCUCGAGUGGUAUGGCUUGUCUUGACGUCAUUACCCGCAUCGUCAAGACUGGCGAGCGUAUCAUUGCCGGAGAUGACCUCUACGGCGGCUCCAACCGCCUCCUCGGCUACCUUGCCUCCCACCAGAACAUCCACUCCGACCACGUCGACACCACCGACGCCUCCAAGGUCGAAGAAAUGCUUCAGAAGCGAAGCCAGGAAGCCGCUGCCGGCCUUUGCGGCAAGGUGAGCAUGGUUCUUCUUGAGACGCCCACCAACCCGUGUCUGAAAAUUUGCGAUCUUCAGCGAUGCGCUGCUGCCGCCAAGAAGUGGGCGCCCGAUGCUGUUGUUGUGGUCGACAACACAAUGAUGUCGCCCUACCUCAUGCGUCCCCUCGAGCUCGGAGUGGAUAUUGUUUAUGAUUCGGGUACCAAGUAUCUCUCGGGUCACCACGAUCUUAUGGCCGGCGUCAUUGCUUGCGACCGUGACGACCUCGGCAAGCAAAUCGCCUUCACUAUCAACUCGAUUGGAAACGCUCUCACACCCAUGGACUCGUUCCUCUUGCUUCGUGGUAUCAAAACGCUCGCGGUGCGCAUGGAUCGACAGCAAGCUUCCGCCAUUACUGUGGCCCACUACCUUGACUCGCUCGGAUUCAAGGUCAACUAUCCCGGCCUUGCCUCCCACCCUUCCAAGGCGGUGCACGACAAACAGGCCGCCGGUCCGGGAUCGGUGCUCAGCUUUGUCACCGGCGACAAGGCGCUUUCGGAACGCAUUGUGGGUGCCACCCGAUUGUGGGGCAUUUCAGUGUCAUUUGGCUGUGUCAACAGUCUCAUUUCGAUGCCCUGCCUCAUGUCGCACGCCUCCAUCGACCCGAAAGUUCGUGCGGCUCGAGGCAUGCCUGAAGACCUCAUUCGUCUCUGUGUCGGUAUCGAAGACGAGCGCGACUUGCUUGACGACCUCGAAAACGCUUUGCUCCAAGCUGGCGCCAUCCGACGAAAGCCCUCGGCUCGAAGCUCUGCUCUCGCAUCUACCACCGAAAGCUCGCGCGCAGCAUCCCCAGAUCUCAUUGCCUACGAACGCACGCCUUUGCAUACUGACGAGCACACUCAGCAGGACAAGAUUGGCAGCUUGGUCGACGACAUGAACCGUGCAAGGCUCGAGACCCGCGGCGGUGAAGGGGAACCUCGCUCGGCUCAGGAUCACCCGCCGCCGUCGUCGGUGGUUGUCAGUGCGCCUGGCAAGGUGAUCCUUUUCGGUGAGCACGCAGUGGUGCAUGGUAUUACUGCUGUCGCCGCCUCGGUGGCGCUGCGAUGCUACGCUAACGUAUCGCCACGAGAGGAUGGCAAGAUUUCGCUCGAUUUGCCUGAUCUCGGCGUGAUCCACACUUGGAACAUCGCCGAUCUUCCUUGGUCUGCUGUGCCUAAAUCCAUUCAAGGUGGUGGCGCCGUACCUGACUCGCUCGACAAGACGCUUAUUGGCGCCAUCGAAAAGGUGGUGGGCGACACGGUCAACGAGAGCGAAAGAAGCCAUGCUGCUUCGAUCGCCUUUCUGGUGCUUUACAUGUGCAUCGCCGGUCAGGCUGAUGCGCGCGCUCAGGCAUUUGUGCUGCGUUCGGCUCUGCCCAUCGGUGCAGGACUCGGCUCAAGCGCCGCGCUCAGCUCGUGCCUCGCUGCGGCGCUCACCAUCCUCUAUGGUCGCAUUCCCGCUCCGGGCAGCGAACUGUCAGCUGAGCACUCGACACACAUCAACGAAUGGGCCUUUUUGUCUGAAAAGGUAAUUCACGGCACCCCCUCGGGUGUUGACAACACGGUGGCUGUUCAUGGCGGAGCGAUCGCUUUCACUCGUGCUCACCCAAGCAACACGCUCACAGCCAACAAGAUGAACAAGCUCAAAGGCUUCUCUUCGUUCCGUUUCCUCCUCGUCGACAGCUGCGUCGGCCGCGAGGGCAAGAAGCUGAUCGCUCACGUUGCAGCUCAGAAGGAAUCCGAGCCGACUCGUGUCAAUGCGGCUCUCGCUCGAAUCCAGACGAUCGCCGAUUCGGCCCAGCUCGUGCUCACUGGCAACUCGGGUCUCUCUCGCUCCGAGCAAGUUGCACAGCUUCGCGAACUGAUCAAGCAGAACCAUAGCGAACUUGUUGGGCUCGAGGUAUCGCACGCUUCGCUGGAGUUGAUCAAGAACAAGACCGAGUCGUUUGCACCCGAUCAGCUGGCUACUAAGCUCACAGGUGCCGGAGGAGGAGGAUGUGCAGUUACACUGCUGCCGGACGACUUUGAGGAGGAGAAGGUGAAGGAGCUGAUGAGCGAGCUGGAGAAUGCUGGCUUUAAGUGCUACGAGACCAGAGUGGGAGGUGACGGCUUCGGCGUCAAGCUUCUGCAGGACGAACAGGAGGAGGCCGAGGCCAAGCUGCGAUUCAAGGAAGCCAACGUGAGCAACGAGCUGGCUGUGUGGGCUGAUGAGCUUGCUGGUUGGGUAUUUGCCUGA